AUGACCGCCUCCUCCGAUCACACGAAGUCUGCUGAACUCAGGCUCUACAUAUCUCAAUACUCUGGUACCGUCGACCCAUUCCCCGAACGACGUAUCAUCUUCACCGAAACCAGAAACGUCGUUUCCGUCGGACGGUCAUCCAAGGUCUCUACAAAGGGCUUCAUUGCUGGCGCCGACAACGUUUGGGUCGACAACCCAGUUAUGUCGAGGCUCCAUGCCCAAUUUACCGCUAGAAUGGAUAUAAACAAGAUCGAGAUCAAAGAUCUGGGCUCUCUCCAUGGAACUUUCCUAAAUGAGGAGCGGAUUCCCGCCGAUCAAGGGCGUGAAGUGAAUGACGGAGAUACUCUGAGGUUUGGAGCUCCCAUCUCACGUGGAAAGGAGGAGUUUCUGCCGACUACGGCCAAAGUUGCCAUAGUAAUCUGCGACCGCAACAACAAGACCGGUGCUGGUACCUCCGGAACUGGUACCUUCCAGGUCCCGGACGACUCGGAUGACGAUGGGGCAUCCGAUGACGAUCAGAACCGGCUGCUCGAUGGACAUACCCCAGUGGCGCAGAAAGGCGCUACUAGAACCGCAACGGAGGUCAUUGACUUAACAGACGGAUACGCUGACCGCCAAGUCCACCGUGAGGUGGUUGACCUCUCCAGUCCAUGCGGUUCACCUAUCCGAAUUGAUGACGACGUAGGCUUGAGACCCGUCGAAACCGAGGAUGACAGGAUGGAGCUUGCCGCCAACGACGAUUCAAUGAGCCAUGCACGUCAGGAGUCCGUGAGGCACGAGAAUUGGGACUGCAAUGGUGACCUGCCGCACCUCGAUGAGAUUCUCGGCGUCAAUCGUAUCCUGGAGGCCGAGCAUAGACAUUGGUACGACUCCGAGGAAGAUGAUGAUUUUGAGGACGACGAGAUUGUCACAAACACUCCCAGUGAGUACAGCAACGAGGAGAGCGAAGUCGACUACCCGGAGGAGGAGGAAUCGGAUAGCGAGAUUGUCGACGACGACGACCCUGAGGACAAGUUCGACGACGGUAUGGAUGAGACCGAGUCCGACGAUGACUAUCCCUCAGAUAGGGAUUACUCGCCCAAUGACCACAAUCAUAGCCACUGGGAGGACCUGCCGCUUGAGGAAUUCGAUUAUCCCGAGAUCAUGCCGCUGGUAGACUCGUUGUCUCGCCCAAUCGAAGCCCCUCUCCACGCCCGCCAGAGCGAUAGCCGUCAGGAGCCAGGCCAGGCAGAGACAGGACCGUCAGCUAACUUCGAUGCAAUGGUCUCGCGCGCCGAGGUUUUGGGCGUCAUCGCUGGCAAACCCGACUUUUUCCUCGCCAGAGAGCACAACAAGAUUGCCAUGGUUACGCACAAAGCCGCAGUCGCACGUCCUACAUCGUCGGUGCAUGCACUGUGCAAUCCGGAUGAGUCUGGUGGCGAGCCAAGCUCGUACAGGUUUGGUCCAGCAGAGGCCUCGUCCCGUUCCUCAGCGACAUACGAAGAGUCAGCGGGAGGUGUCUCUUCUCCUGCAAUUGCUAACUCGGCCACAAUUUCGAACGGAGAACCGGAUGGCUGUUUCGGUCGCACCCGCGUGGCCAUACCCGACAUUGUUGAUCCCAACCAGCCAUCCCCUAGUGAGGGGAAGCUGAAGCGGAAGGCGGAGGAGAUCUCGGAGACCACUCAGGAACAGGAGGCGUGGGCUGCCAAGGCCACCAAAGCACCCACGCCGGCUCCCUUGCUUCCCUCGGAGAGACAGCAGCAGCAGGAGCAGCAGCCUGAGUCCUCGGAGCAGCAUGCUGAGCCUCAGCCAGAGCCCGUGAAAGUCCCCUAUGAGCCCUCAGAGCCCGCCAGCCAGGUCGCCGUAUCCAUUGCAUCGUCCCGCGCACCCGGGAGGCCGCUCAAGAGGGCCCGCAUGAUGCGUGUUGCAGAACGUCUCGGGUAUGCAGCGCUUGGCGGCGUCACGGCCGGAGCCAUGGUCUUGGGUACCCUGAUCUACACUGCUCCCACCUUUGGUUGA